AAACUAACUUAACAAAACCACUUUUCCACGUUCUCGUCACGUCUCUUCUCAACUUCCACUUUCCCAAUUUAUCCCUUAAUUCUUCACAGAAAACGCGUCUUUCCAAGGACAUUUUCGUCAUUCCAACCUCUUAUUCUCAAACACUUCCUUCUUCAGUUCUUCUCCGAACAAGUUACGACACUAACCAAAAAAAUGUCUGAAAACGGUGAAGAGAAAUUACUCGCUGUGGCACGCCACAUAGCAAAAACUCUAGGCCAAACAAAUCACAACAUGACCGAUGAUAUUCUUCAAAUCUUCUCAAAUUUCGACGGUAGAUUCUCUAAAGAAAAUCUCUCCGAUUCAGCUCCACGGAAUGAUACCAUACGCUACACCGCACUUGAACAAACUCUUAACAAUCUCGACCGUCAGAUUUCUCAUCAUCUCUCCUCGGAGAUUCCCACGGUUGCUUCCGCGGCGUUUCUCUCCUCCGUUGACGAGCUUGUUGCGAUUAUCGAAGAUUGGAGUCCUCUCUCCGAUGAUAAAACCGUCGGCGCGUGUCUUCUACGUGCUGAGGAUAUUCUUCAACAAGCUAUGUUUCGUGCGGAGGAAGAGUUUCGGUCGUUGAUGGAACUCGGUGGCGCGUCGUUCAACGGAGAGAUGAAUCUGAACUGUAAUUCACUUUAUGAAACAAACGAUGAGGUGGAUGAAGAUGAAGAAGAGGAGAUUGAUGGUGAUGAGGAUUUGAUUCCGGUGGCGAAAGCGGUUGUUGAUUAUAACGUGGUGAUCGACGCGCUUCCUCCGGCUACGGUGAACGAUUUACGUGAAAUCGCGAAAAGGAUGAUAGCAGCGGGGUUUGGGAAGGAGUGUUCGCAUGUUUACGGUGGUUGUAGGAGGGAGUUUUUGGAAGAGAGUUUAUCGAGAUUAGGGUUACAGAAAUUGAGUAUUUCGGAAGUUCAUAAGAUGCAAUGGCAAGAUCUUGAAGAUGAAAUUGAACGAUGGAUUAAGGCUUCGAAUGUUGCUCUGAAGAUUCUGUUUCCGAGUGAACGGCGUCUAUGUGAUCGUGUUUUCUCCGGUUUAUCUUCGUCAUCUGCGGCUGCCGAUCUUUCAUUUAUGGAGGUCUGUCGUGGUUCGGCGAUUCAGUUACUGAAUUUCUCUGAUGCGGUGGCGAUUGGUAGUAGAUCACCUGAACGGUUGUUUAGAGUGCUUGAUGUGUUUGAGACAAUGCGUGACCUAAUUCCUGAAUUUGAAUCAUUGUUUUCUGAUCAGUAUUGUUCGUUUCUUGUUAACGAAGCAAUCACGAAUUGGAAGAGGUUGGGUGAAGCGAUAAGAGGAACUUUUAUGGAAUUGGAGAAUUUGAUUAGUCGUGAUCCGGUGAAGGCAGUGGUUCCCGGCGGAGGUCUUCAUCCGAUUACUCGCUACGUGAUGAACUAUCUUCGUGCUGCAUGUAGGUCGAGUAAAACCCUAGAACUAGUUUUCAAAGACAAUGCACUUUCUUUGAAGGAUUACCAUAAGCAUGAUGAAAGUUUACAAUCAAAUUCAUCAUUUUCGGUUCAAAUUUCAUGGAUUAUGGAUUUGUUGGAACGGAAUUUGGAAGCGAAAUCUAGAAUUUACAAAGACCCUGCUUUGUGUUCUGUUUUUAUGAUGAACAAUGGGAGAUACAUUGUUCAGAAGACCAAAGACAGUGAAUUAGGAACACUUAUGGGUGAUGAUUGGAUCAGAAAACACAGUACAAAAGUGCGGCAAUGCCAUACAAACUAUCAAAGAAGCUCAUGGAACAAGUUGUUGGGGUUUCUGAAGGUGGAGACAUUGGCUGCAAAACCUAUGAAGGAGAAGCUAAAGAUGUUCAAUCUGCAUUUUGAAGAGAUUUGUAGGGUUCAAUCUCAAUGGUUUGUUUUCGAUGAGCAGCUCAAGGAAGAAAUAAGGAUCUCCAUCGAAAAGCUCUUGUUGCCUGCUUAUGGAAGCUUUAUUGGAAGGUUUCAAAUUUUACCGGAGCUUGCUAAGAAUAGUGACAAGUAUAUCAAGUUUGGAAUGGAGGACAUUGAAGCUCGGCUUAACAACUUGUUUCAGGGAAGUGGUGGAUCGAAUGGUAGCCGUAAGUGAAGGUAAAAAUAAGCUCCUGGUUGUUGUGUGUAUAUGUAUAUGUAUGAAUUUGUAGUGUAAUUAGGAUACAAAGUUUUGAAUGUGAUCAAUGUAGUCCACAUUUGCUAUCUAUCUAUGUAUGUCAUUGUAUGUUUUUCUGCUCAGAUCAGAUCUGUUGUAAAGUUUAGGUUCCAAUUAGUGAUGUCCUUCAACUAUUCCAUUGUAGUAGUUACUUCACAUUUGAAUGUUUAGAACAGGAUUUGAAGAGUUAAAAGUGAGCAUUCUUGAUCACGAAAUUUCAUUUGUUAAUUAUA